AUGGAAAAGGCAGUACUUAAGAACUAUAUCGAUAGUGGCGGUUAUAUUCCUCCCAAGAAAACCUCAGUUAUGAAACUGGAGUUGCCAAAAUACCACCCUUCACUAAUAGUUGAAGAUAAACAGACUGAUGUCACUAAAUUGAAAAGGUGUGGAUGUUCAGGGACUCACUGUGUCAAAAAUGCCCCUGAAUGGAUUCCCAGGGCCAAGCAUUAA